AUUGAUCCGAAUUUUCUCAAUUGACGAAACCGCGGCAAAUCUAAAUUUAUGGUCUGAUAAGAUUAUGCCAUUUCAACGAUUUUCUAGAUCUAGACGACAGCCUAAAUGGAUAUUCAAACAAAUUCUAGCAGAUAAUAUUUCAAAACGCCCAGCACAUCCUGCAAAAAUUGUCAAACAUGUAUCAGGACCUUUAGCAGAUGGAAGUGUUGUAAAAGAAAUCAGCGAUUUUGAAGUGUACAUCAAAGCCGUCUUUAGUCCAGAGUCUUUGAAUGAAAUCAGAAGCGAAUAUGACUCGGAGUUGGACUGGAGUAAAGCUUUGAUUAUUUUGAACAAGUACACUGUAGAAUUCAAGUCCCAUGAGGAACUAAAAUUUUGUGAAUUCUACAUCAGAGUGGAGAAAUUCCAAAUAUGGGAUGUACAAGAAGCCUUUGAUCUAAAAGAAGGUGUCAAAUUCUGCAUGGACAACACAGCUGUCCAGGAAAGGGCAAAGGUCAAAUGGGAUGAAAUGAGGAGCUGUCAUUCUGAGAGUUUUUCCUUGACCCAAUUCCUGGAAGCCAUGAUAGAAAAUACCUCAACACUGAGCCCUAAUCCCAAAGGAAGUGAUUCCCUGAAUACACCACCCACUCUGGAGGAAUCCCAGAGCUCUACAGUCAAUAAUGCUACUGAAGGAAGACCAGAGAAUAACCUUCAAUCAACCUUUGAUCCAUGUGAAUUUAUUAUCAGUAACUCCCAUCAGAAAGAGUUAGAGAAUAUAAAAGAGUGGGAAGAGAAUUACAUUCCCACCCAGUCUGAGAAUGAAUCUCCACCCAUGGACAUAACCAGUUAUCAGCCAUCACAGGUUGUAGGCAGUUCUGAUGACAUCCAACCAGGCCAACCAAAUCAGGAUCAAGAAAAGAUCACAAUAAACACAGAUAAAAAGAAGUCUAAAGAAAACAGAAUGGCUGAUAAAGAGACAGCCAAACCAAAGGAGAAGGAACAGACAUCUCAACAAGAUGCAUCACAGCAGUCUAAAAAUAAAAACAAUACAGAGGUAUGUACUAGUCCAAGUGAUGCCAUUGUUGGAGCUACACAAGAGUUUAUCCCACAGCUUGGCUAUGAUGACAUGAUGGGCACUGCCCCUUUUUCGCCUCAUCUGAGUCCAAAUAGCACUGGAGAACAGAAGAGUCCUGCUAAUAAUUCAGGCAACAGUGUGUUAUUUCAGGAAACCUCUCCCAUUCUUAUCUCCAGUUCUGGUGAGACUAAUAAAAGCUCAUCAGAAACGCCUAGUAAUAGUGGAAAAGGAAGUGAGGAAAAUCCGAAGUGUUCCUCUGAUGAGCCUCAGUUUCAUCUUGAACCGCCUAUUAUUAGUCCAGAGACUCUGGCAGAUAAAAGUCGGGAAAGCCCACGAUUGCAAUACCUGACUCGAUCUGCUAAGAAAACAUUUCAGGACCAUUUUGAAAUGAUGAUUGAAAGUGAAAGGUUGAAGGUUCUAGCUGGUGACAAACAACCGAGGAGCAGGAAAAGAUUACUGGAUGAAUCAAGUGAGGAAGAAACAGUGGACAAGAGGAAAAAAUUAAGUGAUAAUGACACAGCAGUGACCGAGGAGAAAAAUAGUGAAAAAUCAAAUAAUGAGGGCAGGAAAAGUUUUGUGUCUAAUAUGAUGGAUAAGUUUCUGAAUUUUGUGGGCAGAAGCCCUGAUUCUAGUGGUGAAAAAAGUACAAAUGUGAAAGACAGAAAUUCUGUGGAUUUAGAGGAGAACAUUCUAAACUUAACAAAUUCAUUUUCUGGUGAACUGUGUGAAGCGUCUCAGUCUAUAUUGCAGUCAAGUAGAAAAGUUAAUAUAGAAGGAGUUCUAGAGGAAAGAAAAAGUGACUCACCUAAAAAAUCCAAAAAUUCACUCAGAGUUACAAGUGAGAGAACUUUUACUGUGAGUAAAACUGUUCAGGGUGGAAGUGAGGGUAUUAAGGAGACAGAGGGGGUGAUCUUGAUCAGUGACAGAAGCAUGGAGGGUGACAGCCAAGAGGUUAGCCAACAGUCCUUAAUACCUGUUAAUCCUGAAAGGGAGGCCAAAGACCAGACAACAAUGAAAGAACAAGAUCAAGAAAUCUCAUCCUCUCUUGGAUCCGAGAUACCUGUGGUGAUAGUUUUACCAAAGCAAGUUGAACCACAGGAUGAAAUAGGACAGAAAUUAUACCAUCUUAAAUUACCACCUGAUUUAAAGACUAGAAUAAUAAAUUACUGGAAACAGUAAUUCAUAUUAACAGUAUUGAUUGUUCAUUGUGAUU